AUGGUUGGCGGCUUGUGCGCUCGCAGGUUGGCCCGCCGGUCGCGGUCCGCCUUGAUCGCAGCCCUCACCGUGCUGCUGGUGCAGACGCUGAUCGUGUGGAACUUCAGCAGCCUCGACUCCGGCGAAGACAGAGAGAACGGCGGCUCCAACGUGCGAGAGAAGAGGGACCGGGUCGCGGGCAACAAAGCCACUGGCGGCGACUAUUUCCAACAAGGGGUUCAGCGGCAGCGGCAGCAGCAUCUUCCUCCGCCUGAGAGAGGAGCAGCUCGCCACAUACAGCAGCCGGAUGGAUAUUACUCCCACCGGCCCAAGGAGAAAAUCAGGGUGGACAGCAACAACGAGAACUCGGUGCCCAAAGACUUUGAAAACAUAGACAAUAGCAACUUUGGCGCGCGCUCACAGCCCCACCGGCAGCCUGUAGGGGGCGCUGGCGGCAAACAGCAACGGGGUCGUCUCCAGGAGAAAGCCCAUGCCCAGCAGCAGGCCUGGAGGGACAACUCCCCGGGUCUGGGCCGCAGCUCCAACGAGGUGCUGCCUGUAGGCAACCAGCCGCUGGCAGUCAGCAACAAUGCCUCCCACACAGGUGGUCGCCACGGUGCCACGGGAGGGCCGCAGCUGCACCGCCACACCUCGCAGCCUCAGCAGGCCCAGCCGCAGCACCGACACAGGAAGCAGGCGACGGCGGCGCCGCUCGAGGUGACCUACGACCAGCCUCCCAAGUGCGAAAUCAGCGGGAAGGAAGCCAUUUCGGCUCUAUCCAGAGCCAAGAGCAAGGAGUGCCGGCAGCAGAUCGCUGAGGUGUACUGCAGACACAAGGAAGGCCAAUUAAUGCCUGAGAAGGUCACCCGCUACUGCCCCCUUGAGGGUAAAGCCAAUGCUAAUGUCCAGUGGGAUGAGGACUCAGCGGAGAGCGUUCCUUCAAAACCAGUGCGCAUCGCGUUUGUCCUGGUGGUCCAUGGACGAGCCUCUCGCCAGUUUCAGCGCCUCUUCAAAGCCAUCUACCACACCUCCCACUUCUACUACAUACAUGUUGACCAGCGCUCCAACUACCUGCACAGGCAGGCUCAGGCCCUGGCUGCCCAGUACGCCAACGUGAGGGUGACCCCCUGGCGCAUGGCCACCAUCUGGGGUGGUGCCAGCCUGCUGACCAUGUACCUUCGCAGCAUGGCCGACCUGCUGGCCAUGAGGGACUGGAGCUGGGACUUCUUCAUCAACCUCAGUGCUGCUGACUACCCCAUCAGGACCAAUAACCAGCUGGUGGCCUUCCUGUCCAAAUACAGGGACAUGAACUUCAUCAAGUCCCAUGGCAGGGACAAUGCCAGGUUUAUCCGUAAGCAGGGUCUGGAUCGCCUGUUCUAUGAAUGCGACACCCACAUGUGGAGGCUGGGCGACCGCAAAAUCCCAGAAGGUAUUUCAGUGGACGGCGGAUCCGACUGGUUUCUGCUCAACCGCAUGUUCGUGGAAUAUGUCAUCAACUCAAAGGACGACCUGGUGACCAGCAUGAAGCGCUUCUACGCCUACACCCUGCUGCCUGCGGAGUCUUUCUUCCACACGGUGCUGGAGAACAGUGCCCACUGUGAGAGCAUGGUGGACAACAACCUGCGCAUCACCAACUGGAACCGUAAGCUGGGCUGUAAGUGCCAGUACAAACACAUCGUCGACUGGUGCGGCUGCUCCCCCAAUGACUUCAAGCCGGCCGACUUCCACCGCUUCCAGCAAACAGCGCGGCCCACCUUCUUUGCCAGGAAGUUUGAAGCCAGCGUCAACCAGGAGAUAGUGAACCAGCUAGAUGCCUACCUGUUUGGGCCGUUUCCCCAGGGGACGCCGGGCCUCCAGGCCUACUGGGAGAACAUGUAUGACGAGGCAGAUGGCGUAGCCAGCCUGUCGGACACACAGCUCACACACUACCACUCGUUCUCACGGCUGGGCCUGGCCAGGGCUGCUGCCUCGCUGCAGGGAGACCCGAAGGAUAAUAGCUGCAGGUAUUUUCCCAUGGGCCACCCGGUGUCGGUCCAUCUCUACUUCCAGUCGGACCAGUUCCAGGGAUACCUCGUCAAGCACCAUGCCACUAACUUGGCAACCAGCAAGCUGGAGACCCUUGAGACGUGGGUGGCACCCAAGAGGAACUUCAAGCUUACCAGCCCUCCCAGCAGCACUUUCAGCCGCUUGCAGUUCGCAGAGAUUGGCACCGAGUGGGACGCCAAAGAGCGCAUGUUCCGAAACUUUGGCGGCCUGAUGGGGCCCAUGGAGGAGACGGUGGGCAUGCAGAGGUGGAGCAAGGGCCCCAACGUCACGGUCACGGUGGUGUGGAUCGACCCCACCAACGUCAUCGCAGCCACCUAUGACAUCCUGAUCGACGCCAGUGCUGAGUUCACCCACUAUCGGCCGCCGCUCAACCAGCCCCUGAGGCCUGGCGUGUGGAGCGUCCGCAUCCUGCACCACUGGAGCCCCGUGGCAGAGAUGCGCUUCCUCAUCGCCCCGCUGGCCUACAGCAAGCACCAGCCCAUACGACAAGAGGAUACUCUAAAGCUCCACAACGGCCCGACGAAAAACAGCUACAUGGAGCAGAGUUUCCACGGCCUCAACCCAGUGCUCAACAUCCCAGUGAGCCUGGGCUAUGUGGAGCAGGCCAAGAGAAACGCUGCGCUGACGGGCUCCGAGCUGGAGCGCUGGCUGGACAGCCUGGUGGGCGAGCUGUGGGAGGCGGCCGACAUCUGCGCCGUGGGCCCGACCGCCUGCCCUGUCAUGCAGGCCUGCCCCAAGACACCUUGGAGCUCCCUGAGCCCGGACCCCAAGUCCCAGCUGGGAGCGCCACGCCCCGACGGGCGCAUCAGGUAGCACGGUCUCCAGCAGGACAGGAGGCCAAGGCACAGGAGAUUCUCUUUCGAUUUUAUUUAUUUAUGGGGUUUGUUGCAAGUUUGGGUGGGCGGGUGGAGGGAUGUGUGGUCGGGGUGUUCCUCCUCUAUUACAGAAGAAGAGGAAAACAAAAGAAACACAGAUUUUUCUUUUUAAUUGAUGAGAAACCGAGGAGAAUGAUUUUGAGACCCUCCCACAGGGUUCCUCUGUUUUAGGGGAUUACUGCUGGCUUUGCAAUUUCAGUUUCUCAGUGUAUUUAUUUUCAUCUCAUGGCUGCGUUUUACUGUGAUCAAACGUUGCAAUUUUAAGCAUUUAGUUUGCUGCUGAAUGAAAGAGUACUUAUGAAGUCAGCUUUUAGUGCGCUGCGCAGGGCACAGCGGCCCUGUGAGGGUGAAAUAGGAUUUUUGACACUGAUAGUGGACCAAGUUCUGCUCUCAAAGGCCUUAGCUUUAAGACCUAUGUAUAAGGAGGUAGCCUGGUACUGAUGUAAAUGAUGUGCCUCAUGAACAAUAAGACAAAAUCUGAACGUUGAGAUACACCCAAACAGCUGAAAAGAGUAUUAUUUUGAUAUGACUCAAAUGCAGCACCAUUAAAAGCAAAGUUCCCAGUGUAUAUGAAGAAAUUAAAAAAAAAAAAAUAGUGAUUUUAGCAAUGCUUAAGCUGACAAAUUAAAAACUCUGAGCCUCACUACGCAGUAUUCUAGCAAUCGCUCAGUGAUUCAGUGCUUAAACUUUAUAAAUCAGUCGAGGAAAUCAGUAACAGCAGCACAACUUCAGACAUUCAGUCAGUGCCUGAUCAGGAUGUGGAAAUGCUGUGGCUGGGCAAAACAUCUGCCCAGUUACUGUCGGUAAAUAUGGAGUCGUCUGCAAAUAUAGGGGCCUUUUCAGAGUAACUGAAACUACUUGGAUUAUAUUAGAAAUUUAGUGUAAACAUUUAGCGUUCCAAGUGCAUCAUUGCUUCAUUUAUGGUUAUUGUAGAUUACUAUUUCUACAUCUAACAUCCAGUCAUUGUGCUUUUCUUUUAUGAAACAAAACCAGAUGUUGUGACAGACAGAGCAUCAAGAAAGACUUGUUUUGUCCAUCGUGGUCUCUCACCAACUAGCCUCAAACUUGAAACCGAAUUAUCUCAAGCUGUCCUUAUUAAGUCUCAUUCUUCCUUUUCAAUCUCAUCUUGUUCUUUUCUUCCUUCUCUUUUUUAAUGACACUUUAUGUUGCACGUAAUUAUACAAGAAGUCUCAAAAUUGUGUGAAUGGCGAAGUGAGUCCAUGAGUCGCUAUUUAUUUAUAAGUUUAUAUAAACACAGAUAUUUUAGUCAAUGACUAAAUAACUACCACGCUGCCUUGGCAGCAUGAAAAAUAUUUUUUUGUAAAGAAAACUGCCUUUAUUUACAAAGGCCAACACCCCAAACUUAUACUGUACCUUUUUACGGCCCGCACCUGUGUGUUAGUCAGUGUUGUCCUGUCUGAAUAGAUCUUCUUGUCUUGGUUUCCUACACGGCUGUUUGCCAAGUGCAUCACAAGAGGAAGCCGCCCUGACUUCUGAGGUCAGAAGUCAGCUACCUAACAACCUCACCAAACAGAGAAGGUGAACAAAAACACUCCUCACAAAGAACACAUUGGACAACUUCUGGAUCAGGAGAGAAACUGUGCAUUUCGGUGUUGUGCGGCUCUCGUCAGUUUCGGAAUGAUAGUGAACGAUAGUGAUCUUCAUGCUGUGACAAUAAUGUGCAAUUUCAAGUGACUAUUAUAUUGUAUCUUGAUUGCAAAUGCAUAAUUUAUUGGAUCAGGUCCGAGGCACCUUUUCACCUAAGUCGACAUGUGAAGUACCUUUGCUGCCAUCAAGACAAUCUAUCAUAGAUUCAACUUGAUCCCCUUGUUUCGUUAUGGCUAGCACUGCACCGCCCUACAUCCUGAACAAGAGGUAUGGUCACAUAUUUGUUUGAGUUUUAAAUCAGUCUCAUCGGAAGCCAAUUAAGGGUUCAAUCUGUGAUUGUCAACAUUAUUUAGCUGCCACAUGAGCUAAGUGAGUGUUUUUGCAAAGGCUAAUCAAAAGUCAUUACUGUUCAUUAAUGUCAAGUUCACCUUGCCUCUCUGCCGGAUGUGUCUAUCCUAAUCGGUAUCACUUCCUCUCUCUCAAAUCUUAACUGCUUUUUGGGGUUGGGUUACAAAGGACAAUUUUGUUGUUGAUUGGCUGGCUUCUGUCGCCCGGCAGUGUGCCCCGUCUUUGAACUUAAAACGCCACCGUGCUCAGAACACGUACUUCACACAAUUGCAUAUUAUUCUGUAAGUUCAGUGAUAAUUUUGGAGAAAGGUGAAUUAAAUAAAUGUAAUUCAGUGUGAAAGUCCUAUUUUGUAACAAAUGAUUAACGAUGAAGAAAAUGUACAUAGGUAUUUUGUAUUGAAAAAUUGUUUAAAAGGUAUUGUAUAUAUAAAUACAGAUGUGACAAAAUGAUUAUGACAUUGAAUUAUUAAGAGUUUUUGAAGUGUCAAUAAUUGGGCACAAAGAGUGAAUUAAUGGUGUUUAUUGAUCCAAGUACAUAACGUGUUUCAGUGUUUUGGACAGAUGUGACCACAAGCUUGUCCUAUAUGCCUCUCAGAGAAAAAUCUCAUGCCAGAUUGUUGUUGUUCUUGCUGGAAUGUAUUGUUGAGCAACUGUUGCACAAAUUUCUCUGAACUGAUGUUUCCCCUGUUGUUUUUCCGGGGAGGCUCUGUGCCUUAGCUGACUUUUAGACCCUUCUCUGUCCGUCAAAAGAAAUCCUUAUUUCAUCAUUUUGUUUUGACUUUUUACCUUAUGUGAAGAAUACCAUGAGUCUGUCUGAGUGAUUCAAUGGUACCGUAACACCAAAAAGAUGUCUGCUGUUGUAUAUAUCAUGCCUUCUGUCUUUAUUAGCUUUUAUUUUCUUCCCUUUUGGGGGGAUUUAUUUUGUUUUAAUUGAUUGGCUUGUUUUACUUUUCUCUGACUGCUUUUUGGAAAUAAAAUUCUAUGGA